UAUUAUUGGACAUAAGAAUUUCAAGUUAAUGUUGAAUCUUUGGAAAAAGGAAACUGGUUAAUAGAGUCUAGACUGUUAAGGGAAUACAAAUUUAAGCAAACAGCCCAUGUUGCACUGUAAGUGAAGUAUAAAAGAAAAACUGUGUAUGUGCACAUUUAUGCAGUAUAUUAUAGUGCUGGCAUCACAUUUGGAAGGAAUGACUUUUUAUACUGAACUGGUUGAUAUGGGCAAUCAUUUUUUGAAAUUGCAUUAAAAACCCUUGAACAUUUGAGGGAAAACGGGCUUUUUGAAAUUAAGGCUUAAACUCCUGGUUUAGUAAAAUGUGUUAGUGCAUGUUUUAAUAUCACCUUUGUAUUAGCCAGUAUCUGCGUUAGUAAUGGAAAUGAAACAUGUUUGUUAUUUUGCAGUCAUUGACCCUGCAGUCAUUAGAAUUGGUUUCAAGGCCAAUUGGCAGUUCUAGGCCAGUAUUUUAAAAUAAACUUUCAAACUGUAGGCAUUUCAGGCAUUGCAAAUAAGCAGGUUUUCCCUCUCUGCAGUCAAGUCGGAGAUUAUUUAUAUCUAUCAAAGAGCAGCUUUUCAGUAUUUCGCAUUUUGAAAUUUUCUCCAGUUGUGCAAAAUUCAAACAUUGCACAAUUAUGUUGCUCCUGGCAUCUCAGGAAGCGUGUGAGGAAAAGCAGAUGAGAUGUGAGGAUGGCAUACUACCUAUCCACAGUCCCUUAAUCUCUGACCUUUAAGGUUUGGGGAUGUGGGAUUUUACAUUUCCCGUCGGGAAUCAACGGAGAGAGAAAUACUUAUCAAGAGACAACCGCUUUCAAAGCGCACUACUUUGUGCCUUUGCCGUUGUUGCAUCACAGCAACAUCCGUUUUCAGCAAAUGCUCUUCGAAAAAGGCCUACAUGUAGAAUGUAACGUAUCUUUUCCCCUGCGAUGUGAAUGCUGGACACAGUUUUCUGGGCACUUUCCCUUGACCUCUCUGGUCCCUUAGAACCCUCUCCAGCUGGAGUCGCGGAUCCGCUAAGGGCAGGGGAGGCGCCCCGCGCGGAGAAGCCCACCUACCCCCCACACCCACCUUGACUCCGCCCCCUCCGCGCUCCUCCCGGGGAAGGCUUCCGCGGGGCCGCGCGCGCGCGCGCCCGCCCCUGCUCCUGCGCGCGCUCAGGCUUUUUCCCUCCAGUCCAGCUCGGCCGGGGCGCCGCGAGGGGGCGGAGUGGGGUGUGGUGGGCGCGCUCGGGCGGCUCCUGCGCGUUCCCGCCGAGGCAGCGGCGGCGGGAGCGGUAGAGACGGCGGCGGCGGCGGCUGGAGUCCCGUUGCCGACUCUCACAUCCGGGUUCUGGCCGUGACCCAGCUGCGGCCGCCGCGGAGAUGUGACCCGUCAGUACGGCAAAUAUGGCGGAGCCAUCUGUUGAGUCUUCAAGUCCAGGAGGUUCAGCAACGUCAGAUGACCAUGAAUUUGAUCCAUCAGCUGACAUGCUGGUUCAUGAUUUUGAUGAUGAACGAACAUUAGAAGAGGAAGAAAUGAUGGAAGGAGAAACAAACUUCAGUUCUGAAAUAGAGGAUCUUGCAAGGGAAGGAGACAUGCCAAUUCAUGAACUUCUCAGUCUUUAUGGUUAUGAUAGUACUAUUCGACUCCCUGAAGAAGAUGAGGAGGAGGAGGAAGAGGAAGAAGAAGGUGAAGACGAUGAAGAUGCUGAUAAUGAUGAUAACAGUGGCUGUAGUGGGGAAAAUAAAGAAGAGAAUAUAAAGGACUCAUCAGGUCAAGAGGAUGAAACUCAGUCUUCCAAUGAUGAUCCGUCACAAUCUGUUGCUUCUCAAGAUGCCCAAGAAAUAAUCCGGCCACGUCGAUGUAAAUAUUUUGAUACAAGAAAUAAUUGUCUAAGGAUGCGGUUUUCUAAGAUUGGAAUUAUCCUAGAUAGCGAAAUAGAAGAAGAAUCUGAAGAAGAUGAAGAUUAUAUUCCAUCAGAAGACUGGAAAAAGGAGAUUAUGGUGGGCUCCAUGUUUCAAGCAGAGAUUCCAGUUGGCAUUUGUAGAUACAAAGAAAAUGAAAAAGUAUAUGAAAAUGAUGAUCAGCUCCUGUGGGACCCUGAGUACUUACCAGAAGAUAAAGUGAUUGUAUUUCUUAAGGAUGCAUCUAGAAGAACAGGUGAUGAGAAAGGUGUAGAAGCAAUUCCUGAAGGAUCUCACAUAAAAGACAAUGAACAGGCAUUAUAUGAAUUGGUUAAAUGCAAUUUUGACACAGAAGAAGCACUGAGAAGAUUAAGAUUUAAUGUAAAAGCGGCUAGAGAGGAAUUAUCUGUUUGGACAGAAGAAGAGUGUAGAAAUUUUGAACAAGGGCUAAAGGCCUAUGGAAAAGAUUUUCAUUUGAUUCAGGCUAAUAAAGUUCGAACAAGGUCAGUUGGUGAAUGUGUAGCAUUCUAUUAUAUGUGGAAAAAAUCUGAACGUUAUGAUUUCUUUGCUCAGCAAACGCGAUUUGGAAAAAAGAAAUAUAAUCUUCAUCCUGGUGUAACGGAUUACAUGGAUCGUCUUCUAGAUGAAAGUGAAAGUGCUGCUUCUAGUCGAGCACCAUCCCCUCCCCCAACUGCCUCAAACAGUAGUAACAGCCAGUCUGAGAAAGAAGACGGCACUAUAAGCAAUAGUAAUCAGAAUGGGGUGUCAUCUAAUGGACCAGGUGAAAUGUUGAACAAAGAAGAAAUAAAAGCUGAAGGGUUACAUGUGAAUGGACCAACAGGUGGAAAUAAGAAACCACUUCAUGCAGACGUGGAUACUAAUGGUUAUGAAACAGAUAACCUUACCACUGACCCAAAACUUGCCCAUAUGACUGCAAGAAAUGAAAAUGAUUUUGAUGAAAAAAGUGAGAGACCUGCCAAAAGGCGAAGGGUAAACAGCAGUGGAAAAGAAAGUCCAGGUUCUUCUGAAUUUUUCCAGGAAGCAGUGUCACAUGGAAAAUUUGAAGAACUUGAAAACACCGAUGACUAAAUUUUAGACUUAUUUUACUUUCUUUGGAGUAAAAUCUGGUGUGACUAAAAUUUUCAGGGUUGAUGGGUUACCUUAAAAAGUUGAUUUCCUUGAAGCAGUUGGUUAAAUUUGAAAUGAGUCCUGAUUUUAGUAAGAUUUCAUAAUUCUGCCCUUUGUAGACUUUUUACUUUAAAAGUGUAAAGACCCUGUUAAGGCUAUAACAAAUAGUUUAGUAAAUUUGAAUGAACUAUGGAAAUAUCUGUACCUUCUCAUUUGAUAUGUUAAUCUUAAAAGCUCACUACCGGUACUUUUUGCUUAGUUUGAUGGCAGAGAAGAAAAAACCAAGUUCUGAUUUCUGUUGAACACCAGCUUUUCUGAGUUUCUUGAAAUGUCUUCUUUUUUUAAGACAUUUUCUCUCCAUACAAAUUGAGUGUCAUUAUUAAGGAAACCCUUAUGAAUCCUGAAAGUUAUGCUAGCAUGAUUUUUUAUAUAUAGAAGUUUAAAAAUAAACCAAGUCAGGUUUGUAUAUGUAAAAUUGUUGACAUCAAUGAUGUCUUUCCAUAUUCUUAUCUGGGCUUAAGAAAUACAUUCUGUAUUUUUCCAGAUUCUUUGUAGCCUUUGAAAGAUUUUUACAGUACAUAUGUCUUGACUGAGCUGUCCUUUCUUAAUACAAAAGCUUGUAUAAUUUUCUUAACUUGUACAGUUGGUAAACUUUUAUGAGAGGAAUUGAUAUUCUGAGUCUGUCAGCUUUCAUUUUAUUUUGCUAAGGUUUUUCUAAUGAAUUUUUAAGUGUUUGUGUAGUAACUAAGUCAUGUUUCUUAUACAGGUGGUAAAAGCAUUCAUAAAGGAUUGUGAAAAUUUGUUUUUUCAAAUUUCUACUUAAGGACAAAUAGUUUGAGAAUUCUGAAAUUAAGCAUGAUACCUAGAUCGCAUAGUUUGUUUUGCGUUUGCUAUAAUUUUCAAAAUUAUUUUUGAAGCAAGACAAAAGUUUAAUGUUAGCUUAAGUGCUUAAAUGUAUCAUGCUGACCAGAAUCCUGUUCGAUUAUUUUUAUAUGCAUUAUAAAAUUUCCCAUUUUUGCAUUAACUAAACAGGGGAAAAGGUCAAGCAAUAUUUAGAUAUUGGCACACACAAGGAGUUGGCAGAUAACAAUAUUGAUUUUAUGUGGAAAAAGUGAUGAAGUUGAGUGUAUUUCCAAAAUGAAGAUAAGAUGAAUAACCAUUGCUCUGUGUGAUUACAAAUAGGAUCAUCUAUUUGCAUAGCCUUUCAAGAGUGCCAUUUUAUUUUUAGUGCAAAAUUCUUGUUAAAAAUGUAGUUUUAUACAGCUGAUAGACCAACCUAUAUCCAAACUUUUAUAAAAGAUUAUUAACUAUUCUUGUUUUUUUCACACAGGCAAACCCCAAAUGCUUCUACCAAUUCAUUUUCAGCCAUCAGUUCAAGAGCCAAUGCCUUUUUAAAAUAAAUCUUCUGUGGUCUUGUUUUUAAUGGCUCAACUGUUUAAUACAAUUGAGUAAAGGUUUGCACUGAGAAAUUAUGGUUUAGGCCUUACCCCCAUGAAGUAUUACUAUUAACAUAUGUUCAGAACUGCUUCCUUCCACCAAUGUGAACAACUCUUUUCCCCAAACAGUGUUAAAAAGCCACUUGACAACACUUGACUUCAUAUAAUGUACGUUCACUGUUACUACAUACAUAUCCAAGUAAAUCAGAGUUUUGGGUGGAACUGUUGAGAAGCCUGAACUUUUUGUUUUUGUUUUGUUUUACCCUACAACAUUUAAUUUAUCCAGAAUGGCAGCUUUAGCAGAUGGUCACAAUCCGUUUUCUAAAUCAGUUUUUAUUACACAAAUCCAAAGUAUCCUAGCUCCUAGCUCUUUGUCAAAGAUGGUCUAUAGACGUGUUUCAAAUGAAUAGUGACGCUGUACUUUUUAAGUUGUUGCAAUAUUAGAGACGCUGUUUUCACCUUUUUUUAAAGAUGCAUUUUGUUUGCAGGUUUGUGAAGUUCUUGGAAACUAAUUACAGGAACAUUUUUAUUAAAUUCUCAGGCAUGUUUGCAAAUAUGGCACAUGUAUACAUGUUAGGAAAUUUUACUUUUCUUAAUCUUACCUUUUUAAAGUAUACCUAAUAAAAAGACAUUCCACUACUAUAAUACAUAAUGCUCAGCCUUUCAUGAAGAAAUAUGAAUUGUAUUUUGUGUUUAUACAGGUAUUUCACAGUACUUUGUUCUUCAUAAUGCAGCCACUAUAACUUGAUAAGUCAUUGCACUACUUUAAAAUUUUUAGUAAUAUCAUGAAUUUAAUUUGCUUUAAGAUUUAGUACAUUUCAUAACUCUUGAACUCUUAAACUGCAUUGGGAAAAGAAGACUUUGGUAAUAGUUUUCCCCCACCCCAUACCCACCCUCAGCAAAGCAC